AUGUUCCGUGCGUGCUCGGCGGUAUACAGGUUGCCCCGCUGCAUGUUCGCGCCUCCACGAAGAGGGUACCUCCACGUGGCGCAUCCCCUGCGUGCAGGCCUCAUUGAACUGAUCAAGGCGAACCGAGAGAUGGACGUGGAGGCCGCCUUGCCAGGUGCGGAGGGAACAGAUGUGAACGACCUCGAUCAGUUUGGCUCCACUCCGCUGAUUCUGGCCGCACAGCGCGACUGGGCCUUCGUUGUCGGCGAGCUCCUGCGCCGGCCCGGUGUCGACCCCAACCACCAGAACUUCUUCGGCUCCACCGCGCUGAUUUGCGCGGCCGCGAACGGCUACAUCUCUACCCUCGAGGAGCUGCUGGGCGACCAGCGUGUGGACAUGGAGGUGAGCACUCGCCUGGGGCAGACGGCGCUCUUCAAGGCUGUCUUAUUCGGCCACAUGAACACCACGGAGCGGUUGCUGCAAGCAGGCGCCCGUGCCAACAUCACCAACAAGAUGGGCCAGACACUCUUGGAUGUCGUCAAGGAGCAGCAGCGCUCCGCAGUCAUGGACCUGCUCAGCCACUUCGGCCAGGAGGCCGAGACGGGAACAGGUGGAACAGGUCGAACAGCUGGCCUGAAAGAGAUGCGGGUUCACCUGAGGUCUGCUUGA